AUGGCUUCUCCCGCGAUUGACCCGUCUCCUGGCGGCCCGGCGCAGGAACCCGUUCGCUUGAGAGACAAGUAUAAGCAGGCCGCGCGAUCUAUCAUCCUAGCACUCCAGACUUGGUCUAAGCCUGCCUAUGCACACACCGAUCUCGCGCAAUUUCGAGUCUCCGUUCAGGGGUUCGAUCCUGAAGAUCCAAAAUCGACCGAUUCCGAACCUUGUCUCUUCCUACCUCUCAGCCAGGAGCAGCUUAACGAAUACAAGCUCAAUAAAAAGGUGCUUACCAAGGACGGGGAUCGAUAUCUCCACAGAUUUGGGGAAACUCUUAAUGAUUUCCCGCAAGUCUACCCUUUCCCGGCCCGUACAUCCUCAAUGCUGUCCACACGGACGAAUAUAUACAGCAUAUGA